UCAACGUUUAUAUUUUACCAAUAAAUUGAGCAGUCCUGACAAAUUAAGACACAAAAUGGAAGCCACUUCAAACAUUAAAACACAUUUGCUACUUUACGCUUUACUCGCCAUUGCGUGCCUCUGUGUCACAGCGUCACCACCGCCCACAGGUUCAACCAGUUGUGGUCCGAAUUUUCCCGAAGCUUGCCUUUGUGGUCACGAACUAUAUGAAGGCACCGUUAGUUACAUUGUGAACUGUACAAACACCGGUAUUCACAACACCACCGUACUGGAAUUUAUGCCAGAGGAGGUUGAAAUUUUAAUCUUCACCGGCAAUAUUGUACCCGAGUUACCUUGGAAUGUGUUCGGCUCGAUAAAUGACUAUAAAAAUCUCAGAAUUGUAGAUAUGAGUAACAAUCACAUACGUGAAAUACGUGGUAAAUCCUAUCAUCACGUACCGAAUGUGGAGCGUUUAAUUUUGAAUCACAACAAUUUGAGCAUUUCACGUGAAGACGACGAAGUCAAUCAUCACCAUCCACGUGUAUUUUCCAAUUUCUUAAAUCUACAAAGUCUACAUCUUACCGAUGCCUUUGCUGAUAAUAGCUCGCCACAAUUGAGUGAAGAUUUGCAUGAUAUAUUCGUUAAUAGCCAAUUAACGAAGUUGCAGAAACUACAUUUGGAGCAAAACGAAAUUACGCACUUCAAAGAUCGCAACGUCUUUUGUGAUCUGCCCAGUCUGCGUGAUUUACAUUUGGGCGAUAAUCUACUGAAAGAGAUCAAUUUUGAGGUACGCUGCCUGAAGAAUCUUCGCUUUCUCGAUUUGGAACGCAAUAAGUUUGAAUAUGUGAAAACACACGAUAUGAUGUUGUUGAACGAGUUGGAAACACGCAGCGAUCGCACCACUAAUCUCAUUGUCGACUUUAAUCUUAAUCCCUUUCUCUGCGACUGCAAAAUAAGCUCAUUCCAUACGUGGGUGCUGUCGACGAAUGUAACUGUGCGUAAUAAAAAGACACUAAUGUGCUAUCACAACGAUGUGGAACCACUGCCCAUAAUGGAAUUAAAUAUGGAUGGUUGUGCGGCGGCAGUAGCGGCUGCGGCAAUGAUGUUCAACACAGCGACAAAUUCACAUUACGGCAGUAGCAGCUUCGAUGAGAGUAUAGGUGCUGAUGGUACGACGUCUGGACGGCCGCAUAUGAAUCAGCAUACCGUAACACUUAUCUUCCUACUGAUCGUAUUGAGUAUGAUAUUGGUUGGACUGGUGGUAGCGCUUGUAUAUGUGAGUCGUGAUCGUAUUAAAUAUAUAAUUACGCCCGUUUUUGAUAAUGUAGCCAAGAAGGUGCAAUACACAUCGAUAAAAGAUGAAGAUUGUCCGGAAGUGUAUGUCUAAAGCGUGCUGUGAAAUGGACGAGCACGAAAUGAAAGUAUACGAAUGAACGAACUUUGAAAAGGAAAUGGCGGCCAUACUUGACAGUCAAAUAUAUUUGACAUAUAUCGUACGCGCAACAGUUCGAGAGCUUUGUUGAGCUAAUGUCUUCAAUUACCACCAAUUAGUUGAUAACACAGUCUGAUAGCCACUGAUGGAGGGAUGUUUAAAAUAAAUGUAGUGGCAUGGAUUUUGUAACUAAUAGAAAAUUUACUUUGUGCCAUUUAGAGACAAAAAUUACAAAACAAAACAAAAAAACGACGAAACGAAACAAGCAGAAGAUAAAUAACACAUACACACGACAUAAAUAUAUAUACAUUUAUAUAUACUGAAGCUUGACUUAGCAUGAGAGGAGUUAUUGAAACGUUUAUAAAAAGACAAGUAGUGUCACAGGAAUUGUUACAAGCCAUGAUCUACAUACAUUUAUAGAUACACAAAUAAAUACAUACUAAUAUACAUACAUAAAUACAUAUUUAAUAUAUGUAUAUCCGCAUAAUAUUAGCAUGUAUUUAAAAUAGAUAUUUGAUAUUUUCACAAAAGAACAUGAACAUAUCACAACAGCAUUUGUCAACAAUAUAGUUUUAUUCAAACAAUAAAAACAACAAUAAAAUGCAGUGAAAACGGCAGAAAAGCAAAAAUACCUACAACAUAUAAGAUAAGAAUAUAUUUUUCUAGUUUUAGGCAAAAGUGAUUGCAUUUAAAAAUGAAGUUAUCCGAAAUGAGCUGUUUGCUAUCGUCAAAAAAAGAAUAAUGCAACCGUUAUUAAUUUGCAUUAAAAUUAAAAAAAAAAUAUUGUUUUUCUUAAAAGA